GGGCCAUUCCUGCUUUGGGAGUACGUCAAGAUGGCGGCCUCCAUAUUGAAUACGCUCCUGAGGCGCGUCCCUAGCCUUUCGCCCUUCAGAGGCGCCUACGGAGUUCAGGUUCUCCGCCAGACUCUUUGCACCGAAGCCCCCCGUGAGGAAGAUUCUGUGUCCCCGGUUCCCAUUUCCCCUUACCAGAAUGAACCCUGGAAAUAUCUGGACUCAGAAGAAUACCAGAACCGCUAUGGUUCUCGCCCGGUCUGGGCUGACUACCGCCGCAAUCACAAAGGUGGAAUACCGCCACAGCGGACACGAAAGACAUGCAUUCGUGGAAAUAAAGUUGCUGGGAAUCCCUGCCCUAUCUGCCGGGAUCACAAGCUGCACGUCGACUUUAGGAAUGUGAAGCUCUUGGAACAGUUUGUCUGUGCCCACACGGGCAUCAUCUUCCAUGCUCCAUACACAGGGGUCUGUAUGAAGCAGCACAAGAUGUUGACCCAGGCCAUCCAGAAAGCCAGGGAUCAUGGUCUCCUCAAAUACCACAUUCCUCUGGUUGAACCCCGGGACCUUGACUUCAGUACCUCUCAUGGAGCUGUGAGUGCUACUCCACCAGCCCCCACCCUGAUUUCAGGUGACCCCUGGUACCCAUGGUACAGCUGGAAACAGCCACCAGAGAGAGAGCUGUCCCGCCUUCGCCGGCUCUAUCAGGGCCAUCUCCGAGAAGAGAGUGGCCCGCCACCUGAGUCAAUGCCCGAGGUGCCCCUCACAACCCCAGCUGAAGCCUCCUCCACUGAGCAGGCGGGCCCCCAGAGUGCUCUAUAGGAGCUGUAGGCUGGGAAGGGAGUCUGAGGGAUUAGGAUAUAGUGCCUAGGAAUUACAUGAUGAGAUUUCACUCUGAAGAGUUGUGUCUAUUUUGUGGCCAAUGGCAGGCCCGGGGCCAGAGAAAGGGAAUGAUUCUUGUUGAAGGGGAUGAAUGCAUCUGAGGCUGAGGGAGGGCAGUACAGAUGUGCAUGAGAAACCCAAACCCUUGUAUAUUGUAAAUAGAUGGGCUAAACAUUCUUUUGUGUGCCGUCUCUGCUUUUCCACAAUAAAGCUGUAUCUCCUGUC